AUGUCAUUCUUAUCGGGACCUUCCAAAAGGUCAGGGAACGACAAUGGACCAGUCACCUAUAGACAUCUAUUGAGUCCUCAGGCUUUGACUGUAUUCAAUCCGCUGAGGACUAUCGCCCAUUGUGAUAUCGAUGCUGCUUACGCUCAAUUCGAACAAGUCAGACUUGGUCUACCGGAUGAUAUCCCCCUGAUAUGCGCACAAUGGCAAAGUAUCAUCGCCGUCAAUUAUCCAGCGAGGAAAUACGGGAUCAAAAGAUUUACAACUUUGGACGAAGCUAGAAAGAUGUGUCCCGAGCUGGUAGUCCAGCACGUAGCUACUUAUAGGAAUGGGGAGGCCGAAGCUGGAUAUUGGGGUGAAGUGGAUCCCCAAACUCAUAAAGUCAGUCUGGAUCCAUAUAGAAGAGAAAGUCUGAAGAUCUUGGCUAUCUUCAAAGAGAUGGUCCCUAAAGGUGAAAUUGAGAAAGCGUCAAUCGACGAAGCCUUCCUCGAUCUUACUCCCAUGGUACUCGAGGAACUCCUCACUAGACAUCCUUACCUAUCGACGAUUCCAGACGACGCACCAGAAGGUAUAGAUUCCCCUUUACCUCCAGCACCGCCUAUCAAUUGGUCAAAGGCAGGGAACGUAUUUCCUAUCAAUGGUGAAUCCGAACUCCAAGACUCAUCCCAGGGAGACGAGGGAGAUGUCGAAGAAGAAAGAAGUGAUGAUGGUAACGAUGAGGACAAUCUUAUAAGGAGGAAUAGUCAUAGAGAUACGUGGGAGGAUUGGGCGUUAUGUAUCGGUGCCGAGAUCAUGAAGAAUACGAGAGAUGAGGUGUUUAGACAGUUACAUUAUACUUGUUCUGCUGGUAUCGCACAUAAUAAGGCAAUGGCAAAGCUCUGCUCAGCUUGGAAGAAGCCCAACAAUCAGACUGUACUGAGAGCUGGCGCUACAGCUGCUUUCUUGAGGGAUAGGGACUUCACUGAUAUACGUACACUCGGAGGUAAACUCGGAAACGCUAUAGCUACAGAGUACGGAGCGAAGACGGUAGGAGACAUGUUGCUCGUUCCACUUGAGGAAAUGCAAUCUCGUUUCGGCGAAGAGAGUAUAUGGGUAUACAACCUUCUCAGAGGUAUCGAUCAUACCGAAGUUAAAGGCAGAGUGGCCACAAAAUCAAUGCUGGCUUCCAAGAAUGUACGACCGAAUGUGAGAACACCAGAACAAGGUCAUCAUUGGUUAUCGGUAUUAUCUGGCGAGUUGAAUGUCCGAUUGAGAGAAGCGAGGGAGGUAGCACCUGGUCUUUGGCCAAAGACUUUGGUUCUGAGUACGAGGCAAGGUAUUGACCCCUCGAGAUCAAGACAAACUCCUUUUCCUUUCACGCGUAAUCUCUCGACGGAUUAUAUCCUGAAAUACGCUAGGAAGUUAUGGGAAGAAGCGACUCUGCCGAUGAAAACCGGGAAUAUGAAGUUAAACAAUAUUGCUUUAUCGUUCACCGGUUUGGAGAAGUUAGAAGGUGGUCAGCAAGGUAUAGAAGGAUUCUUCGGUCAACCGAAACCCCAAGAACCUCAGCAGGCCCGUCCUUCCCUAUCGGUAAACAACUCAUCCUCCUCAACGACCAUCCCAACCAUAUCAGAUCUGAAUCUCGCCAAAAGACCACUCUCACCUACACCUACGCCUGCUCUCACACCUUCGUCCAGCUCCGCGGAACCAUCACCCAAGAAACCUAGAUUACCGACGUUACAUACGGGUAAAAAGAAGAUGGGAUUAGAUGCAUUCUUGACUAAGAAAGGGGAAGUGACUAAAGUCAAGAGAGAAGAAUCCCCUUCCUUGGCCAUGGUUUCGACAUCGGUACAGAUACAAGAAGAGGACAAUGAUCUUCCUGUGAUUAUAUCUGAUGAGAACUCAGAAGCAGGACCUUCGAAGCUUCCGAAAUCUACUAUUCAUGAUGAAAUCGACGGAAUAUGGAAAUGUCCCAAAUGUAAUGAAAUCAUCUCAACGUCCGAUGAUAUAGAACAAGAAACACGAGUAGUACUAUUGAAAGCGAUGAAACAGGAACAUGAAGAUUGGCAUUUCGCGUUAUCUUUACAAGAUGGUGAUGGUCCUUCUUCAGUAAUUUCAACCUCGACAUCAUCAAGUAGAACGAAUGGAGGAACAGCAUCAGGAAAGAAGAAAAAGAAGAAACCAGAAGGUAUCAAAGCGUUUUUCAAACCAAAGUAA